AGGCUGGGGUUAAGGUUUGGGUUUGGGGUGGGUGAAGGGGGGGAGUUAAAGGUGUCGCCUUUAUUCUGUUGAGAUGUAGAUAAGACGGUAGCUAUUAAGGUACAUAAUGUGAACAAUAACCCUCACACAUGUACACUGACCAGGGAGGCUAUUUCUGAAUUCGACAGCCUCACCACAUGCUCUAAAAGGGUUGAGGCUGAUCUUGUCGAAAGCAGAAGUGAGAAGUUUCAGGAAAAUGAAAAAAAAAGAAAAAAUGGACCAGACACGGAAAGUUCUCAAAGGCACCUUCAUCUCUGCUAUUUUUACAUCAUGGCUCUUGCCUUAAGUAUGCUUUAGGCUUUCCGUGAGUGUAACAGUUGUAUAUCAACCUUCAGUAUCCGGCUCCAUGAAGCUGUUGCACUGUUUACAUGUUUAAAUGGAUAAAGAAUACACUACACAGUUAUAAGAGAAGCUGCAGGUGAUUAGUUUGUUGUGUAUAUAAAGGGGUUUGCAUAAUCCUCUGUCCUCACAGGCCCUUGCAGGUGAAUCCUGAGGGUAAAUACUGUAGCAAUCAGCAGGGAUGUUGCUAACUAUUGCAUCAGAUGCACCAUUUGAGUUACCUCUUGGGGCUCACAAAGUGUGCACGUUUGUGCAUACAUAAUGUAGUGUGUGAGUGUGUGUGUGAGUGCAGGCUGUGUUGACAUGUUUCUGUGUGUGACAGGGAAACAGAGUUGUUGUCCACACUUGCACAGAUCAGUGCCUUUAAAUUCUCACUACAUUAUUUUUAGGAGUACAAUGUGUUGCAUCCCAGAAUAGUCCAUAAUGCAGCUCAUGCAGUGAUUCAGUUAUUACCUCUAAAUAUAUCUAUCAGGCUCACAGCAUGCCUGUUUUCUGUUGGGGUCUUACUUUUGCAUCCCUGAGCAUGUUAUUUUCAUUUUUACCUAACUUUCUGUAACCAUUCACUUUUAUCAGCUGGACCCAGGGAGGGGAAAUAAACACAUGUGGUAAAUAGUUCACUUUGAAUGCAUUUGGAAACAGGGCUUAUGGGCGGUGAUAUUACAUGACUUUUUUUAAUUUGAUCAAAUUUGUGUGCCUUUUUUCCUCUCAUAGAAACUUUCUCUUUAAGACAUGAAUAAUUUGCUGAGAGUGUCACAGAGUUGUUGACUGAAUUCUGGUAAAUGUGGGUUUUUACUGGUGACGGUGUUGCAGUCAAUUUUAGCCUGUUGUUGGGCAGUCUCACGAUCUUUCCCAGCACAUGAGACUGCAUUCACAGCCUAAGUUGGGGCUCAGUUUAAUAGUCUGACUAAAAUGAGAUAUAUUUGCACUGAUCUGAUCAAAAGGUUUGGAGUCCCAAAAGAAUAGACAGGUGAAAUUUUUAAUUAUUUGUUUGGUUGAAAAUGAAUUCAAUUCCACUUUUAAGUGGAUUUUUUUUAAGGGAGGAGAUGGAAAAAUCAAUGACACAAUCAACUGCUUUGAAAUCUGAAUAAAAUUAUCUUUGCAAUGCUUCCUUCUACAAAGAUAUAACAGCUUUAAAAACAUUUUGAUGUUGUGUAACUGUUAGAAUCGUAAAUAGACAAUUUUGUUCUAGAUUAUACAAAAAUAAUGCAAGAAUUAUUGUUUCCACAUACACACACACACACACACAUACACACACAAAUAUAUUUACUGCUCGGGGACUAAGAUCAAACUUUGCUGUUGCUGGUGUUUUGAGAUGAAUCAAGGGGGUCAAAAGGGUUCAUGAUACAGCAAACUUGUGUAGAGCAAACUUGAUCAAUGUUUGUCCCGUAUUAAAUGUUGCACAUGUACCUCUUUAAGACACUAAGAUAUUUAAAAGUCUUAAAGGGAUGUAUGCAUAACUCAUCUUUAAAUACUGUGUGUAGGGGUUACAAAUUGUCAUGGCAUCACAUGCUUAUGCUUUGGGCAUACAAAUUCCCUGAGGUCUUUUUACUAUGACUACACAGGUUCAUUGAUUUACACAAAGCAUGUAGACCAGCAUUUAUACAUACUACUGUGUCUUCACUGACAGACAGUGAAUAGAGAAUGUUCCUCUUUUUGUACAUUAAUAACCCCAGGCAUAACUGCUCAACAAAUGGACUUGAAAAAGAGAAGAAAAUAAAAAAGAAAAACAGCAUAGUAGGUCCAAAAAGUAGUGGUAUCCAAAGAACCCAUAAAAGUGUAAGAUACUGUAAAUGUUACACAGACAAACACAUACACAUCAUGGUUUCAUAUUUUUGUAAGUAAUCAUUUUUAAUUUAUUACAGCACAUUCAUAAGGACUAUCAGUGUGAUAAGUAUUUGGCUUACUUUCUCACCACUUUUCAUAUGAGUGGAAAAUACAACUCUUUUCCUCCCAUCAAAAAAUAAAAUAAGUAAAUGAACUUUAUGCAAAUGAUAAAUCUCAAGACAGCACUACCCUCUCAGUCACCCCCCUUUCCAACCACUGAUGCUGAUCGACGUUAAAGCAAAACUACUUAAACAAAAUACUUCUGAACGGCUGGUACUUUGUCUUUAAUUCAGAUCUGUGACAUUGAUUCGGACGGUAGGAUGUAACUCGUGUGAUCUCGCUGGCAGCCUUUGAGUGACUGUGGUGCGUUCGAAGGCGGAUGGGAGGCGGAGGAGUGUGUCCAAUGGCACAGUUGAGGAGGAGGUGGUGUGCGCUGACAGAGAAAGGCGGGCAGCAGCAGCCAGCUGUUAGAGAGCAACGCUCCUGAAUCAUCCACUUCUUCUGCGGCCCCAGGUGGAUAUUUCUACAUCCACACGAGAACAGAGGAGCGGGCGACAUUUGUGCGCAAAUCUGCGUAUUUCUACCCACGACUUUUGACCGGCGCUGGCUAAGUGGGUGAAACUCGAGAAAUAACCAGAGAGAGACCGAGACCAGGUGAGAGCAGAUGAUAUGUUUUCGUUUGUGAACUCUAAUAAUUUCUAGUAUGUUUGCACUUUACAUGAUUGAGUUAACUUUUUGUGGCAUUACUGCUGACAUCGCCAUGGUUUGACCGAGCCUACCUGUUGCUGUGUCAUUGACAGCAGCCUAUAGAUGAGGCUAUAUUAGACAGGGAUGCUUGGCAACUCGGGGACAGGCGAGCUAUUCUUAAACCUCUGUUUCUGAAUGACGACAGCAAUUUGUUAGGUCUAAUUAUCUGCAAACUUGUUUUGGAGCAGCCGUGUAUUUUUACAGCUUUUUAUUUUUGGCACGCUGCGCAAAAUGAGCCCGCGUCAUUUGGAUGAAGGCUGAUCACAUCCCAUGACUCCUCAGCAAAGACUGACUGGCUUCUCCUCAAGUUCAUCCUUUUCUCCUUCAAGCAACCUGUUGUCUUUACAAUCACUUGAUCGUUCAGCUUUAAGAGAUGACCUCCUUCUUUCUCAUUUAAAAGAGAGGCCAGUUGUCAUCAAGAUCAGCCUCACCCUCUCUUUCCUAGAGCUCAUUGGACCUUGCACAACUCUAUAAAGUCGUGAAAAACUUUUUUCUCUAUUUAUGGAAAGAUCAAAUGUUCAGCUCAAGCCUGAGUGUACUAUAGCUAUUCUUACUCUAUCAAAAAUAUCAAGGCAAUUCAAUUAUCUCCUGUUAAAAUUAGACAAAUAUUUCCUCACCAUUACUCUGGAGGGCUUGGUGGGUGCAUGAACUGUCUGACCCUGAAGAUGACACACAUAGGGUAAUGCACAUUUAUUUAUCUGGUGAGUAGGAAAAAAAACAUUUGAGCCCUCAACCUGAUAGAGAAUAAUAAGUGUGUCAGAGGUUUUUUUUAACCUCUUUUUAGAAACAUGUCGGUUUUCAUUUGAAAGGGUAACACUGGGUCACUGACAGUUUAUCGAUUUUUGGCUAUCACACUCUUAAGUCUGUAUGUGUGAGGAUUUGUAUUAGCUCAUGUUUUCAUGUUUUAGCCGUCAAACACAGUAGUGGACUCAAAUGACUGAAACAGUGAGAACAAGGCCGUACACUAGAUUGGUUCUGUGCCAUUCAUAAACCUGCAAUAGUGCCGCUGGGUCAGGUUUAUCAGUGCUCAAUAUCAGGUACCACUUAAGGCUUUCUCUUAAUUUUAUUCUGAAAUCAACUAACAAGAAGAGAAGUUUUAAAAUAUUGAUUAUUGUUGUUGUAUUUAAAAAUUUUGAACCUCAGAGAACUGAUGGCGUUGACUCCUGUUUGAAGGAGUUAGAGUGAUAUUGCUGUCUCAAAGAUCUGCUUAACAAAAAUUGCAAAUCAAUUAGCUAUACUGUACCUUGGCUUAUAUAGUGGCUCAUGUUUACCAUUUUUUUUGACACAUUUACAGAGUACCAUGCUCUGAAUGAGUCAUGGAAGGAAAACCACUGCAGCAGAACCCCAACCCUCGAGAAAUGCCCUACUUGCUUUGCAUUUCUCAUUCAUGCGUAUAGUUCACAGCAGCAAAAAACAAAACAUCAACGCUGAUACAUUACCAACUGAUAACGUCCAUUCACAUCAAUCUGUCUGCUUAUUCACAAGCUUUGGUUUACUACAGUGUACAUGCAAACUGUUGUCACAGUGAGGUCCCAGAUGAUGGUAAGCAGAAGAUCCCCAUGAGAAGAGCUACUAUGUGCCAGUGCUGGGUGUCUGUGCUCAGGUUUUUCCACUGCGUUUCACUGAAGAGCCCUGAGACCCUGGGCAAGCGUGCUGGUUUGGAUGCAGCGGCUAUAACAAGGCGUUCGGAGAUUUCACGAUCUGCUCUAUAAUCAUUGAAAGUUCAAUUAAAUGUAAUAUUGGCUUUAAUAUGUCAGUGAUGACAGGUCAUAAGGUGACUGUGGAUAAGAUAAGAUAAGAUAAGAUACUCCUUUAUUAGUCCCAAGAGGGGAAAUUCCCAUUUACAGUUCAUCCUAUCCUAUGGAGGGUAUCAGGCGGUAGAUGGAUAGACAGAUAGGUAAAUGGAUGGAUGGAUGAACGGACGAACAGAUGGAUGUUAACUUUGUUAUUGUAGUUUAGGUAGAGCAGAUUAUCAGAACAAAAAUACAGCACAAGAGAAUAAAUAACAGUAAUAUUAGAAAACAAAUAUAUGAAUCGGUUCUCCUCAGUGGACAUAAAAUAAUGUACUUAAAUAAACUGAAUCAAUUCAAAUAAAAUCAAAUUUAAUAUAUCUAAAAUAUGACAGGGAGGUGGAUGUUUUAAUAUGUAAAUAAAGUAGUGUUGGUGCACUCUGGGGAUGCAUAUAAAAUAUCUCUUUCUUGGCUUUUAGGCCUCUAAUUAAUCUAUUGAAAGAUGUACAGCUCUAUGACUUACUCCACCCGAGGUGUAGCUAUAUUUACCCAUCUUGUCAUGGGUUUCAGCAAAGGCUAUCUCUGCUGGUGAAAGCUGUCUUUUGGUUUUAUCUGAAAGAACAGGAACUGUCUAUAUAACCCUGAGAUUAAUAUAUUUCUAUCCUGUUCACGCACAUACUGUAUGUCCUACUUCCCUAUCUUCUGAGCACCAGCGUGUAUUGAUACAAGGGUCUACUUCUUUACCCUGUUUUAUGCAAGAUCCAAUACGCACUCAUAUGCAGCUGUUAGUAUUGCUGUGUGACUUCUCUCUGCAUCAGAGUCAUCACAUUGCACAUCACAGGACUUUAUAAGGUAAUAAAAAAAGGGCAAAGAGGUAGAUUCCUCCAGAAAUGCCCCAGAUGUCUGUGUGCCAAGCUUAUGUUGAGGGACAGCGGGCACUUCAGGGGUCGUGGGAACACAGGCGCCAUAUCCGCUCAGGCACCAUCAGAGGGAUGGGGCACUAAAUAUAGAAAAAAAGUCAAAUACAUGUCUAGUAUUGGGGGGAAAACCAUGCAGUGAAAAGUCCUUUGGGCUUUGGAGAGGCAUUGCUCGGUCAGGUCAGAGGACUGAUAGUGGAGUGUAAAAUGGAAAUAAUGUAUACACUGAGCCAUUUUAUGUAGGCACUUGUGUAUUUAGUGUCACUGCAUGUCCAAGUCCCCUGAAUGUCACAUUUCUCCAUAGUAUGCAGCUCCAUACAGUCCAACAGGGCAGCAACGAGAACAGGGGUUUUCUAAACGCAGAAAAAAAGGAAAACAGCGGGUGUGGGUUUCAAAAAUGGAUGUUCUCAAGCUAACCGCAAUCCAUCCAUGCCAUUUCCCUCUGCCGCUCAAAAUUCAGUUUUUUUUUCUCUGCCCUGGCUGUGCAUGAGAGAGGAGUGGGUGGCUUUUAGCGUAAGCCAUUUUUCUAAAACACACCGUUUUCCUCCUUCUGUUUGGUUUGAGCUCUUGCCUGCUGAACCUUUAAAAGGAGCGAUCAGCAGUAUUUUUAACCCUGUCUCUCGGGGCUGUGUGGUGCAGAGGAACACUGCGCUGCUGGCCCUGGGGUAACCCAGACUGUGGGUGUCAGACUGUGUGGACUGCUGGCCCGGCAAGAGCCGCUCUAACUUUAGACCACAUCGCCUCAUGCUAGUAAAAAUAAACACCCUGCCCAAACCAAAGGGGGAAGGAACUUGAGUCACUUACACCAAAUGGUUGAUAUUUUCCCACCAGAAUUACCAGACCAGCUACUGAAUAUUUGAAUUGUUUCACAUUAAAGUAAGCCUUAGUUACUAUCAGUUCUCUGGCCACACAACUGAUACUUUUCUUGAAAAUAUCCACACAAACACUUGAGUUAUUGUCACAUGUUAUUCACAGUUAUCACUGCAGACUUGUUUUACUGCGAAUAAUGAAAAUAUAUUGUGUUUUGCUUUUGCUAUAAUGUCUUUUUUCUUCCUUUCACAGACUGCAAGACGGCUGUAAAAAUGGGAAGAAAGAAAAUACAAAUUUCUCGUAUACUGGAUCAGAGGAACAGACAAGUGAGUCCACAUACCAAAUUUUAUAAAAACUACAUCUUUAUUCACAUGCAAAUUCUUCUUUUCUUUUUUAUAAAGUGCUGCUUUACCCAGUGUUUCUUAAAUGACAGUCAACAAUUUCCUCAAUACAGUAGUAAUUUUUAGAUGAAACUGCCCAAUCGUUUGGUUCUCUACUCAGAGGAAUUAAUUUUUUGCAUUUAACUGUAUGUGAACCUGUAUGUCUGGCUUUUAGUCAGUUGGCUUGAGAAACAAUUUGAACUCAUCACUCACAGCUUUGUACACUUCAGAUGACUUCUUCAAGGCUGCUUUUGACAUUUUUUUGGACACUCUUUUUUAGUAACAGCCUGCCGCACUUCUGCGGUGCGGUAGAGUAAUGCAUGAGAGUGCAGGACAUGCAGUAGAAGAUAGACUGCACAUAUGUACAUAAGGCUUAAUGGUAAAACAACCCAGAAUAUAAUGAUAGUGCUAAUUUGGAUAUGAGUAUUAAGCAUUUUCUGCUCUAAGAUGUUGCAGUGAGAAGUUGCUCAUAUGUGUGUGCAGGACUUUAGAGGGAAUUUCACCUAAUGGUAAAAAAAAGACAAUAUGAUAAAAGUCAUGUUAAGGUAGGGCACAUAUGCGUUACUUUCCGUCAUUUUUGUGAGGAGUUUGUAGGUUUAAAUGCUUUGUUUGGUGAAUUUGAGACUCAUAUGUGACGUAAAAUCUCUCUGUCAGAGCUGGAAGCUUAAAAUAACAACCAGCUGCUGCAUAUUUAAUAAAAUCUAUAAGGUCUAAAUGAGACAGAUACGUAUUAUUUAAUGCCAAGAGAGUGCACCCACGCUGUGUCAAUAAGAAAAAAGAAACUGAGCUCUUUAAAAGGAAGAAAUAAAAGGAAACAUUCAACAGCAAAAGUCAUUUAUGAUUUAUUCCCAGCCUGUUAAUAACUGGAUAUUAUAUAAGCUUUUAAGUAAUGUUGUCAACGCUGACACUAGCAUAAAAUAUCUCGUAUAGCACUCAGAAAUUAGAAACUAAAAUAUUAGAAAAAAGAAAAAACACUCGUCUAUACUCACUCGCAAAGAUUUGUAUCUCUUGUAUUAUUUUUGAGCUGAAUAGUUUUUGCAAUGUGGUUUGUGUUUUAGAAGUUUGUCCUUAUCUGAAAAAAGGUGCGAGGACAGACAGUAUCAAAUUUAACCAGGGCUGCCCCCAGUAAUCUAGGUUUGUUUAACAUAACUAACGGACGAACUAAAUGCUGCCUCAGUGUAUUUUAUUGACAGGCUAAAUAUUUAUUACUAUUGUAAAAUACCCACAAUUUUCUCAGGUAUAAGACACAAAUAAUGUACAAGAACAUAUCGAUUUGUUUUCUGUUCACUGUGUAGAACCGUUUUAUUUUGAAUAUUAUUAUUAUUAUUUUGUUGUUGCUUACAUAUUCUCUUUUUAAACAUUUUCUGUUCAGGUCUAAGUUCACUUUUUUUCUUAUAAUUAUAUGUUCACUGUGUGCAUGAUCAAUAUACUUACUCUUCUAUGUUUGCUGAGCUGACCCUUUGCCCCGUAACACUGCAAAUUUCCCCACUGUGGGAUAAAUAAAGGUCUAUCUUAACUUAUCUCAUCUAACUUAUCUUAAAUGGUGUGCAGAUUGCAAAGCCUGAUAAGGCAAUCUUGGGUUUGGGCUCACUGUCACAAACAUCACUGAUAUUACUGUCAGUAAUUUUUUAAUCAUAUUUUUUUAAACCAUAGAAUUUGUGUAAAAUUUUUAAAGACUAGAAUUAAACCAUUUGCUUUCUUUUUCUAUGAUAUAAAACUCAUUAUAACAAAAUGAAUUCAAGAUAAGUAAAAAUGAAUUCAUGUUCAUGUUGCAAAUUCUGCCCAAAUCUUAUUCCCAUCAUACACUGCAACAGUCUUUUUCAUCCAUGUUAAGCUUUAGGUUAAUUAUAUUUGUUAUUAAGUAUACCUUCUGUUUUCAGGUGACUUUCACAAAACGCAAGUUCGGUCUGAUGAAGAAGGCGUAUGAGCUGAGCGUAUUGUGUGACUGUGAGAUCGCCCUGAUCAUCUUCAACAGCACCAACCGUCUGUUCCAGUACGCCAGCACAGACAUGGACAAAGUGCUGCUCAAGUAUACAGAGUACAGCGAGCCACACGAGAGUCGCACCAACACAGACAUACUGGAGGUAAUGGUGGAGUUACUAUUCACAGAGAAUGACAGAGUAGUGGAAACUCGUCUCAGAGCAGGAUGCAUAAAGCAAGAAUUGGUGUCAGACUUUUACUAAAAAAAAUAAUGUAAAAUGCCGUAUAUUGGAUGAAAAACAUUAACUUGUAAUUCUUGCUCCUGUUGCUUUCACUGCGGCUUGUGUUCCUAAUGUACCAUCGGAUCUGUACCAGACUCUGCGUAGGAAGGGCCUCGGCCUCGACAACUCUGAGCUGGACAGUGAGGAGAGCAUGCAGGUGGCUGCAGACAAGUAUCCUCUCAGUGAAGGCAUGGAUCUCUCUGUGGCUCGCCAGCGCUUCUAUGUCAGUACACAUACUCUGCAUACCUUUUCCACACACACAGGCAUUAACAAUAACACAUACUGUACCUCUGACAAGCCCGGAUGUAUUCUCCUUAUUUUAACCAUUUGAAUGAACUGAAAUUGCUCAAAAUGACUGGAAUAAAAAUCAUAAUUCUUUAUUGAUAUUUUUAUUUACCCUUUCACUGAUGUUGGACAUUCAUUAUGAUGCUGUUCUCAUACUCAUAUUUCACUCUUCAGGCUCCAUCGUUCCUCCCACCAGAGGCCCAGUUCCUGAUGUCUGCAGGUUGUGAGAACGGCUUCCCAAACUCUUCUGGGUCCAGCAUGGUGUCCCACAGACCUCCAGGCUUUAAAUCCCUCAAUGCCAGACCUGGUUCUGUUAGCCCGGCUGCACCUCACGCACACACUGCCUUCAUGUCUCCUCACUCUGGUGAGCUGAAGUGGCUAGACUUACUGUCUGAAAUAUUGCAUGAAUCCUUCAUAUUCUUAAGUAAAAGAAAGUAAAAGUAACUACAAGUGUUUUCAAAAUGCAUGUAGAUUAAAGACUAAUGAAAGACAAAAGAUCUAAUGUAUUUUAGUGCAUGGUAUACUGAAUAACUUAUUCAAACAAUGAGUGUUAACAAAAUGCUCAUUUCUGAAAAAGUGUGAUUUUUUUUUUUACAGUUUUUUUUACACCAUGUAAACUGAAGAAUUUAUUCCAAAACUAAUGCACACUAGAUAAAAACAACACAGCUGUUAGAUGGAAGAAAGUGAGAAAUUUAUGUAUGAAUUUCAUUUUUACCAUGUGCUUGAAAUUUUGAGCAUUUUACGAUUCGUUUACCUUUUCCACAUAGAUGCAAAAUGUUUAACAUGCAAAUCCUCUGAAUACCCUCAGAGCGUCUUGCUGAAUGCUUGCUGUCAUCCCUCAGUGCAGCUGGCUGUGAACUCACAGGAAAUGUGUGUUCGUGCAUGUGUGUGCUGUGAUCCACACAUGCUUUGGGUUUGUUUUGUGAAACUGGCCCUCCAUCAGUGAAACAGCGGCUGUAACCACUUGUGUGGUUUCUGUACAGAAUGUGUCACACCUGCCAGACAUGAAGCCGCCCAGUCUUCUACUAUACAAGUGUACCGUAGAUUUAUUAGAUACUAGGGUCUCUAGUGCUUUAUAAAUGGUUAAUAAUUCACACUUUUGGUCAGAUUAGGUUGACAGAUUUUUUUAAUACGCAAGAAUGAAGUACAAACAUAAACAUGAACUCAGCUGCUAUUAAGCCCAGAAGGAGGAGAGACAAAGUCAAAGGUCAAAUAAAAGGAGAAGUGUCUUUGCCAUAGUUGUAAACAGAAACAGAGAGAGGUACAGAAUCGAUCAUAGGGCAAAUUCUUCUCUUGUGAGUGAAAUAAGCUCACGUCUCUUCUCACUUCCUGCUCCUUGCUUUCACUGUGUAGGUAUCGGCUACUCUGUCUUCUCCCAUGGCAGCUUGAACCGGGCUCUGGACAUAAAAAGCCCACCUCCCUUGAACUUGGGCGCCGAGAACCUGCGGGGUGAUGCUGGUCAAAGCAUGGGGGCCGCACGCGCUAACCACAGCUCUGCUGUAAGUGACCGUUAUUAUUCAGUGUAAUUUAUCACAUCUGUAAAUCUAACACAUAACUGCUAACAGAACUCAACUGCACUUCUGGUUGUUAAGACAACAAGUAUGAAUUUUGCAGCAUGUGUGCACUAACACCAAUGUUUAACUCAAGUCUUGACUUGCUUGACAGAGGGGGGUAUUAUACCAGGGCCUGCAUGGAAGCAGCUCCAUGAUGGCCAUGGGCAAAGCAGGGCUGCUGAGUCAAAGUUUGGGGGGUUAUGGACUCACCGCUCCCGGAGCCCCUGGUAUGUAUGCUGUGCACAAUCUGCUCUAUAAUAAAUGAGGACAAACAGAGAAAAAUAAGAAUCAAAAAGGAUUUAAUCCAAUCAGAAUAUAAGCUGUCGUUUAGCACACCUAGCUUAGGUGUUCAUUUGCUUUCUUGUGGGUCACAUUUGAUUUAUAAUUUAGGGUUGAAGUUAUGUUAUAAAUGUGUUAGCUGAGGAAAAAAAUACCACUUACACAGUGACAAUAGAGCAGCAGUGACAGUACGGCUAAGUGUCUUCCGAUAACUAGUAAGGACACGGCUUGCGGCUAGCUUGUAGCUAGCUGCUAUGUAUUAUUUUAGGGCUGCAACAUAUUCUAGCUCCAACAUGCUCACUCUCAGUCACCUGUCUUAUAUGUAAAAAAUGUACCUGAUGAAAGCUCAGUACAGAAAAACCGCCAGUAAUACUCUGACCAUGUAUUAGCUAACAUGAUGCAGCUACACCAGAGCACAAGUAUAAAUAAAUAACCUCAGCGGAGUAGGAAACAGACAUUGGCUACGUUGAAGGGUCUGUGUAAUUUAAAUACACAAGUUUAGGCCGAGCUGUAGAUGUGAGGAUUAAUACAACCCAUGUAUCUGUCUGUUUAAAUAUAGCUACGGCAAGCGGCUAGUUAGUUUAGCAUAGCACAAAAAAUAAGAGCGCGGGGCAGCAGCUAGCAAUACUCUGUGAACAAAAUCUACAUCAGAAAAAAGGUCCAUGCCAAUGUGGUGUUAUCAGCGGCUUGUGCUGAGUUAUUUUUUGUCUUUGCUCGACACUAAAGCAGCCAAGGAUCUCUGUUGGUCACUUAAUUUCAGGGUGAGGUUAAAUUGGAGGAAGUGAGCAAAGAAAAAACAAACAAACACUGCGAAAAGGUAGACUUGCAGUGGUUCAAAAUUCCAGGGGUUUAACACCCAACAUAAACAUGUUAAUUGGUGAGCUGGGACUGAACUAGGAAGGUAAGACCACGCUGAAAGUUUCACCCUGUUUUUGGUUUUUAAAGCUCCCGUGAGGUACUUUGGACAAAGCAUUUGUCACUAUAGACACGAAAAUGUUGCCCAUCUACAAAUUCUCCAGAUGUCGAUGCUAUCCUGUUGUAGUGAGCUAGCAUUUUUUGAGAUGAUUUAUUUCAAAGUUUUCAAUUUUGUGUUUUUUGACUGUUUUGGAAUGUCUCUUUUUUUCUGCCAGAAUACGGCCAACCUGGUUUUUAUCAUUCUGUUAGUCUACAAAGAGGAGCAAUGAACCCCUGGCACCCAGCACAGCCACCUCAAGAGCCCCAUAUAAACCCAGGGUAUGAAUAAGAAUGUGUAUUGUGAUACCUUUGUGUGAAUUUAAAAAAGAAAAGAUAGUUACCAGUAUGUUGUUACAAAUAUGGUUUCAGCCUUAAAUUAAAAACAGAAGAUGUCAAGAAAAAAAUGGAAGGAAAAUAGCCACUUUUUUUACAAGAUGCACUGAAAAUGUAGUGACGACUAUGAUCAAUAAAGAAAAAAUAUGAAUGAAUAAACUAUUCAAAAUAUAAUUUAUGCAAGAAGAUAGAUAAAGGAGAAAAAAUAAUAAAAAAGAUGAAAGAUCAGAUUAAGAUAAAUAAGAAAUUCACAGGUAAAUAAAUGUAUAUUUGUAUAUAAUGUAUAUAAUUUUUUUUAUGAAUAUGGAGACACAUUUUGCUUGUUCAAUAUUAUUACUAGUAUCAUUAUUAUUAUAUUUAUUUAUUUUAUAUUUUUAUUUAUUUUUACAGUUAUCAUUUUUUAAAGGUUACAUUUAAAAAACUGACAUCGCUUUUGCCCUCUCCCUUGUUGUUCUCCAGGAUGUCCACUGGAGGGUGCUCCUUUCCCUCUCAGUCCUGCUCCUCAACCUCUCCACAUCUGCCCUCUCUAAACCUCAGCAUUAAAUCCGAGCGUAGCUCUCCGGAGCACAUGUCAUCCCCAACCUCUCCUCCUCUGCACCACCUCAGGCAGCACUCUCCAAUGAGCAACCCCGAUUCUGCUCGCCACAGUCCUCCAGACGGCUGUCCAGCCAAUGAGACGAAGGAGUUUCCCAAAGCAGGAUACCCACAAGACGCGGAGGAAGGAGGGCAGCCGCUCAGGCAGCUAGAGAUAAGUGAUGGGUGGCAGAGAUAGCUGGCUCCUGCAGUCCAACAGCAUCUUCCAUUUAAUCAGCCAUCCUCCAUCAAGUCUUCUCUUACACACACACACACACACACACACACACACACACACACACACACACACACACACACACACACACACACACACACACACACACACACACACACACACACACACACACACACACACACACACACACACACAAAGAUAGAAACCAGAAGAUAGCAAGAUGGUGUGCAUUUGUCCCCAUCCUGCCAGAGAGGACUCCUCUCUCCUCACACAGAGCUGGUCUCUUCCCCCGAGCCACUGAGAGUUUUCUCUGCAUCACCCGGUUGAUCCCGUGAGGAGACAUAUGUAAACAGACUUUUGCUUUUUGUUUAGUUAGCUAUUUUUAUUUUCUGUGUGGAGCUUAUACGAGUUAGAAAUACAAUCUGAAAGUUGUUUAUUUUGUUCUGUGACUUUGUUGAAGGUAGCUACAGUAGCAUGCGGGACCAGCUGAGUAUAUUUGUAAAGAAAACUGCAGUACCCCCUCAACAUGAAGCCCAACACCAGUGACCUGGGACAUUUCAAUAGAUCAUUUCAUUUAUUUCAGUCACUUUUUGUAGAAUAGCCUCUUUCUAAAUGCAAUCCUUAUACAGUCCAUCCCUCUGUUCAAAAAGAUUAGGUUUGAAUUCAUCACUUACACAUUUGUUCCGAUCAUUUGAGAUAGUUUAAAUUUGGCUGUGGUGGCUUCAUCGAAAAGUGAAGAAACUUUACCAUAGAAGUUUAUACUAAAACGUAAAGUCUAUGAUGUGAUUUAUCAGAGACUGCACUGUUGCUCCACAUAAAUUCAAGGAUGUACUUCCACACAGGAUGAGGCCUCGAAUGGCUCCGUUUUCUCCUGUACAUUGGUGCAUUUCCAGUUAGGAGGAAUGAUUUCCCUAAACUAGUGCCCUAAUGUUUAAAAAUCUGAAAAUUGUGUCCUCUUGGAUGCCUUUCUUUUUGAUUAAAAAAUAUAAAAAGCCUCCUCAGUUGUCCUUAAAGUAGAUAAAACAACAACAAAAAAUUCCUUCAUGGUAUCUUAUUAUUUGUGUUUGGCUUUCAGGUUUGUUUGAUACUACAAAAGACUUGAUUUGUUUAAUAAGCAAACAGAACCCAAUUUUUUGGUUUUCUGUUUGAGUUACAUUAAAUUGCUGAGUUUUAAAAUAGCCACGUGAAAAGUGACAGAUUAAAUCUGGCUUGAAUGUGUGCUUCAUGAAGGAUUGGAUUGGAUUUAAUUAUAUAUAAUUCUAUAUUUUUUUUCUGUUUUCCUUUUAGGUAAUUGAAUUUCAACCUCAGGUUCUCACAAAAAAUAUUUAACCAAUUUAACCUGCCUAUUCUUGAUUAACAGGCUACAACCAAGCCUUUUGUGCAACUACCCAACAAUUACAGAACAACAUAUAGAGAAUGAAAGAGUUUUAAAGUCUCCUCAAAAUACUACCAAAGCAGUUCAUCAAUCACAACUAUCUGGGCAGGGUGCCCCACAGUAAACAGCUGGUGCCUUUUUUGGGCCUCUGCCCCUCAAAUAGCCUGAGUACACCACUGCUGGAGUCCCAUUUGUUAAAAGAUUUCAACUCAGUAUAUCCAUUACAAACAAUUCCAACAGAGCCGACAGCUGAUGUUCAUGUCAAAUAUUUUUGGAAGUUUAGUGUUAGUUUUAAAAUAAACUCAAAUUAAUGUGAACUUUUCCUUUCAAAGUUGUCAGAAGUUGAACAUAGUUUAAAAAAUUGCUUGUUCUGUACUACUUAGUAAGACUGUCAGUUUGGAUAAGCUAAGCUUCAGUUGUAUAAUUCCUUCUAAAAUGAGUCCUCUUCAAAAUAUUUUAUUGUAAUUGAUCAAUACAAAAACUUAAACCAGUUCAUUUCGCCUAAAGACCAAAGUGUUUCAGUGUUGUCCCUAUGCAUUACAAUGAAAUACUUCAAGAGCCAAAGAUAUUAAGUGUUUGUUAAUAUUGGGUAAAACUGUUAAAUUUUCAGGUAAAUGAUUUUAUUUUCUAAAAGGGCUUCAUUUGUUAAUGCAGGUUAUAGAUGUAAAGCUCAACUGCCAUCAUUAUCUGAUCUUUGGAGAUGUAACUGUAACGACAGAGUUGAAAUAUGCAUUCGAUAUUUUUCAUAAAAGGCUUAUGUUUGGUUUUAUUUCUGCAAAUAUUCUUUGGACUGUACUUAUGUGCACUGGAUUUCUUUUCUUCUUCAAUAAAAAAAAAUGACCAGAAGUUAUUUUUAAAAUAUUCCACACAUUGCCCACAAGGGGGCAUGUUAUUCUCAAAAUUUGGACAUGGGUAUGAGAGAGAAAGUGCAAAACAGAGAUGACCAAGUUCAACUAUUGACGAUUAAUUGUGAAUUCCUGUGACGGGACACAGGUUCAGGGGUUCACCCUGAAAACAUUUAUCAUAUAAAUCAUAAAAUACUCUGAGCCAGCAGGUGGAGGUCUUUAAGUUCAAGUGCUGCUGUGGGAUUGGUACUUUUUUGAUUUCCUUUGUAGUCAUGUAGAUUCAUAUCAGCAUCAAAACCAAAUUGUCAGUAUUCUGAUGUUUUGGGUUGACUUUUGUUGUUUGCUAAAUGCUUCACUAACAGAACAAAGAAGGAUUUUUAUUUGAUAUUUGUUGUGAUUUCUUUAAAUAAAAACAGUUUAAUUUGUA